CAUCCUCUCCUGCCAUUUUUGUGCUACUGGCUAGCUUGCUAAGCAAGGGGUCUCCAUCAGCAGGAGGCGGAGAAGACUGCAGGCAAGCAGAGAGAGGCAGUCAAGUCAAGAGACUGAACCUUCCCUGGUUACUCGGGAAGCUCUUCCACAAAGGAAAACGUUAUUAGAAAGGUUGUACAAUGUCCGACUUUGACAGCAACCCGUUUGCAGACCCGGACUUCAGCAACCCCUUUCAGGAUCCCUCGGUGACGCAGGUGACCCGGUCUGCCCCUCCUGGUGGUCUGGAGGAGUAUAACCCCUUCACAGACGCCAGAACGGAGGCCCCUGGGAAUGCCCCCAAAGCUACUCCUGCCCCGUCACAGCAGAACACACAACCUGCCAUCAUGAAGCCCACAGAAGAGCCACCGGCUUACUCGCAGCAACAGACUCAGCAGCGUAAUGAGGACCAAGCGCGCGUUCAGGCUGAGUUGUUGAGAAGGCAGGAGGAGCUGGAGAAGAAAGCGGCAGAGCUCGAUCGGCGGGAGAGAGAGUUGCAGUCCCACGGGGCCGCGGGAGGGCGUAAGAACAACUGGCCUCCCCUGCCAGAGAAGUUCCCCGCUGGCCCGUGUUUCUACCAUGAUAUAGCGGUGGAUAUUCCUGUAGAGUUCCAAAAGACCGUCAAGAUCAUGUACAACCUUUGGAUGUUUCAUGCAGGCACGCUCUUUGUGAACAUGUUCGGCUGCCUGGCCUGGUUCUGCGUGGAUGCGUCUCGCGGUGUAGAUUUCGGCCUGGCACUGCUGUGGUUCCUGCUGUUUACGCCCUGUUCUUUCGUCUGCUGGUACAGACCGCUUUACGGGGCUUUCAGGAGUGACAGUUCAUUCCGCUUCUUUGUCUUCUUCUUCAUCUAUAUCUGUCAGUUUGGGGUUCACGUUCUACAAUCUAUUGGCAUCACUGGCUGGGGAACGUGCGGGUGGAUCGCAGCCUUAACCGGCCUGAACACCAGCAUCCCGGUGGGGAUCAUCAUGUUACUGAUUUCGGCUCUCUUCACCGCACUGUCGGUGGGCUCGCUCAUUAUGUUUAAAAAGGUGCACGCACUCUAUCGCACCACCGGUGCUAGCUUCGAGAAGGCUCAGCAGGAGUUCGCAACCGGGGUCAUGUCCAACAAGACCGUUCAGACAGCGGCUGCCAACGCUGCAGCUAAUGCUGCGACCAAUGCUGCCCGCGGGGCGUUCAAACCUCAGCCAUAAACUGACGCUACCAUACACAUGCAUACAAAUAUACACACACACACACACACACAAAACACUCAAAAGUUGGGGAUGCACAACUCUGGCCCCCCGCAGGCUCUCAGAUCAAAUUGAUUCUAUUCAUGAACGCUGUCCUGCCAAGUUCGCGCUGCACAGGAUGUGCAAAGAGUCAGAGGCCAGAAAUAACAGAAACGUUAGUCAGAUAAAGUAACCAGAGUUGUCCACCUUCACUUAAAAUCAAGUUCCCCCUCCGACAUUCUUCCUGUCUGCUUCUCAGUCAGAUGUCUGCUCACAUCCCUCGAAACAUCCACCAAGUGACUCGAGGCGUUCCUUGUAGCGUGCGGGAUUUCAUCUCACUCGCUCCUUCACUUCCCCCCCCCGCUCUCAGGCAGAGGAACCAGUUCUAGCAUACCUGCCUGGUUCAUACGGUAUAGAGUUAUGAAAAGUGAUAAUCCGAUCAUGGUGUUUUUGCACAUAGGUAUGUUUUCUUGGUCACAUGCCCAAAGUACAGUGUAAGUUUGCCCUCCAUGCGAAUGUGUACUUCACUUAAAGAGAAUCGAGGCGCUGACUUUUAAAAGAUUUUUUAUCCAGAGCUUGGUCAUUUAAAUCUGAAGCGUAAAUUGUUCCUUGUAUUACAUCUGUGCUUCUAUUCUGAGACAGACACCAUUCCGGUAGUUCCUGUAAGUAGAAAUAUGUCGGUUCGUUCUUAUUUUAGGAACCGCCUGCAGCCCCCCCAGCAGUGCUCCAGUGGCACCUGUCGGUUGAGCAACUGUUCCCACUUUGUGUGCUACUCUGAUUGACAACGCGGGCUGAGCCAGCAUCUCUGUGGUUUGCUACGAUUUGACAGCAUGACAACGACACGCAUGUUUAGCACACUCGAGUUAGUAGCUGGUUUUGGGGGGGGGGGGGGACCCAAAAGAGUUUGAGAAAUAUUCGCAUUUUCCUUUAUGUAUGUAUGACAUUAACAGACUACUAUGUGGCAUCAUCUCAGUUGUUUUUGUAGCCCGUCACUGUUGGUUUGAAACUUAACGCUGCUGUGAAUCUGAGAGCCGCUGGGUCCUAGCUUCCUGUUGAAAAGGGAUGCAUACCAUUCAUUCAUAGGGAGAGAAGCGGCCUGCCUUUUCUCACAGAAGAUGACCUGGACAGUGGUAAAGCUCUGCUUUUUCUAGAGAUUAACCUGCAUACAUGAAAUAGAAAGAAUGUGCAAAUGACAGACUAACCAGUCCAUUUUCACAGACAGACAAAGUCAGCCCAUUUGUUUUUCCUCUCGUCAGUAUGGGAUCACUGGCACCACACGUUUCACAGCCAAAAUGAGCAUCGAGAUAACAGAGGAUUGAACGCGAUGCACAUUCGUUAAUUAUAUAUAAUAAUAACAGUGUUACUCAGAACCAAGUUGUACAGACUACUGUCACUGGGGUGAAAUAUGGAACGUGGGUUACAUUUGUGUCGUGCUCCAGCGCCCCUAGUAGUGGCGGCGAGUGUCUGGAGAUGUGCGUGAUAGAUGACUGACGAUUAGCUGCUGUUAUUACAAAUGUAUGGACUGAACUCUGCAGAGGUUUAAAUACUCCUGCGAGUGUGAAGGUCAGUAAUCCGUCAUGAAGUAAGCCUACAUCUUUGGCAGUAUUGUUUGGAAAUACUUGGGUUUUAAAAUCCAUUGCACAUUUCUUGUUUGACGUCGACCUUUUGGCGCAAAAGACAAACAUGUUUUUAUUUAUGGUGUAAUUUAACGUUGUUUGCAUUUCAAAUUAGUUUGCUUUGAUUUGACAUUAUGCGUUAUGUUUUGUGUGGUUUUAUAAUGACGUGAUCAUAGCAUCAGCUAGAUUGAUAAGUGAUCCAUGACUUUGCGACUUGACCCUGCAAGAGGUGCACGUGUAUGGAUGAGGAUGUGGUAUGAAAUUCCCCCCAAAAAAUCUCCCUCAAGUGUUAUUCUGUCCUGAAAAGCUGUGAGAAAUCUACCAAAUGUCCAUAUAGAUUUUUUUUUUUGAUUUUUUUUUUAAUCUUAGUUUGUGAUGUGCUCCCUUGCCAUGUUUUACUUUAAGAUUAGUUUACUUUGCUCCAAACACCCACACGACUCCCAUGUAUCCAUAGUUUUGAACAGCUGUUAAAUGAAGCCAUGCCACCGUGGGUAAUUACUUGAUGUAUUUGGCCGAGCUGGUCCGCAGUACGGAACGAUGGAUUGGAAGUUUGCCGACACAAAACAGUGUUUUUUGACCUGUGACCACGUUGUUUCACUGAAUCAGAGGAGAAACUCCUUCAAAACACUUGUAUAUUUUGUAAAGUUGAAAAUUUGAUCCCCAUUAUCAGUCACAUGUAAAAAGGAAAACGUAACGCACUCUUGUCUGGCCUUCGUUGCAUGUGAAAUAGUUUGAGUUUUGUAUAUUUAUGGUAUUAACAUGAAAUAAAAUUUGAAAGAAA